AUGUAUAUACCCAUCAAGAACCUGCUUUUCCAUCACUACUAAGAGCUAUCUCUUUACUGCUUCACCCGGUAGUGAUCCACUUACCUCCACCUUGUCACGUACUGCUGAAUUCAUCUUAUAUACACCUCUCACUCGUCUCCUUCCGUGCAACAUUAUAAUCUUGAACAGGCUAUACCCGCUCUUCUGUUCAGCUUUCCUUCUUCUCUCAAAAUGGAUCGUAAAACCGUUUUCUUUCUUAUUCUUGUUUCCAUGUCUUGUAUUCCACUGGUCUUUAGUGUUAGUACCAAUCAGUCUCACUUUUUUGUUCUCAUGAAGGACUCUUUCUCCGGUAAGUACCCAUCCAGUUGGGAUGUCACCGGAGGAAAAGCUGUGUGCACCUUCACUGGGGUUGCCUGCAACAAUCAAGGAAACGUCGUCAGUCUUGACGUCUCCGGUUGGUCGCUCUCGGGCGAGUUCCCUGAGAAUAUAUGCUCUUACUUGCCGGAGUUACGUGUUCUUCGUCUCAGCAGUAACCGCCUCAAGGGAAACUUUCCCGACACCAUUGUCAACUGUUCCCACUUGGAAGAGCUUAACAUGAGUUACAUGUCUCAUGCUGGAAAGCUUCCUGACUUCUCACCUCUGACGUCUCUCAAGAUUCUUGAUUUGUCAUAUAACCUUUUCACGGGUCGGUUUCCCAUGUCCUUGUUCAACCUCUCCAGUCUUGAGGUCCUUAACUUCAACGAAAAUGAAGGCUUCAACUUAUGGACGCUUCCGAAGGAUGUUCACAAACUCAAAAAUCUCAAGUCUAUGGUGCUCACAACAUGCAUGUUGCAGGGCCAAAUUCCGGCAUCCUUAGGGAACCUUACGUCUCUUGUUGAUCUUGAGUUGAGUGGAAACUUCCUCACUGGUCAUAUUCCUCCAGAGCUUGGGAUGCUGAAAAAUCUGCAAUAUCUCGAGCUGUACUAUAACAGUCUUGUUGGUGUUAUACCUGAGGAGCUAGGAAAUCUCAUGGAGCUCAGAGACUUUGAUUUGUCAGUCAAUAAGUUGACCGGGAAAAUCCCAGAAUCUAUAUGUCGCCUUCCCAAGCUUGAAGUCAUGCAGCUUUACAACAAUAGCCUCACAGGAGAAAUCCCGGCCGUGAUAGAAAACUCAACGUCCUUGAGUAUACUGUCUAUUUAUGAUAAUUUCCUGAGUGGUCACGUCCCAAGAAAUCUGGGUCAGUUCUCAGAAUUGGUCGUUUUAGACAUGUCUGAAAACCAACUAUCCGGUCCAUUGCCAACAGAGGUUUGCAAGGGAGGUAAACUGCUCUAUUUUCUUGUCCUGGAUAAUUGGUUUUCUGGAGAGCUACCAGACAUUUAUGCAAAAUGCUUGACUCUUUUGAGGUUCAGAGUGAGCAAUAACCACUUGCAGGGCUCAAUUCCUAGGGAUCUCUUUGGCCUGCCUCAUGUUUCAAUAAUUGAUUUGGCAUACAAUAAUUUUUCUGGUUCCAUUUCUGAGUCCAUUGGAAAUUCUAGAAACUUGUCAGAGCUUUUCAUACAGAGGAACCGAAUUUCUGGACUCAUACCUCCUACCAUAUCUCGUGCUGCCAAUCUGGUCAAGAUUGAUCUCAGUUACAACCUUCUGUCUGGUCCAAUACCCUCAGAAAUCGGAAACCUGAAGAGGCUUAAUUCACUGAUGCUGCAAGGAAACAAGCUAAAUUCUUCCAUCCCCAGCUCAUUUUCUUUAUUGCAGUCCCUCAACGUUCUUGAUCUCUCCAAUAACCUCUUGAGUGGGAGCAUCUCUGACAGUCUAUCUGCACUCUUACCCAACUAUAUCAAUUUCUCGAACAAUUUGCUUUCUGGUCCAAUUCCUUCCUCGUUGAUGAAAGGAGGGCUAUUAGAAAGCUUUUCAGGGAAUCCUCGUCUCUGUGUGUUGCCGGUUUAUGCUAACUCAUCAGACCAGAAUUUCCCUGUGUGCACACAAAGUAGCAGCAAAAAAAGGCCAAGUGUCAUAUGGGUAGGUGCAAUUGCUGUAGCUUUGAUCAUCAUUGGAUUUGGAGCUGUAUUGGCCAUGAGACGUAGGCCUACCAAAAAUAAGGCCUCAACGGAACAAGAUGACGAGUCACUGUCUUCUUCAUUCUUCUCUUACGACUUGAAGAGCUUCCACAAAUUAAAUUAUGAUCGGCAGGAGAUCAUUGAGGCCAUGGUGGAUAAGAAUAUAGUGGGGUACGGUGGAUCCGGUACAGUGUAUAAGAUUGAGUUGAAGAGCGGUGAACUUGUUGCUGUCAAGAAGCUAUGGAGUCGAACAUCAAAGGAUUCAGAUCAAGAAGAUCGCAUGGUUUUGGACAAGGAGUUGAAAAAUGAGGUAGCAACCUUAGGAAAUAUAAGACACAAGAACAUAGUCAAACUGUACAGCUACUUCACGAGCUUUGACUUCAGCUUGUUGGUUUAUGAGUACAUGCCAAAUGGUAAUCUUUGGGACGCCCUGCACAAAAGUUGGAUCAAUUUGACUUGGCCUACUCGUCAUCAGAUCGCACUAGGGAUAGCACAAGGUUUAUCAUACAUCCACCACGAUCUGCUUCCUCCUAUUAUCCACAGAGACAUCAAGUCUACUAACAUCCUCCUGGAUGCUCAUUACCAGCCCAAGGUUGCAGAUUUUGGAAUUGCCAAGGUUUUACAAGCAAGAGGAGGCAAAGAUUCCACCACAACUGUGAUUGCAGGAACCUACGGUUACUUAGCCCCAGAAUAUGCAUAUUCAGCUAGAGCAACAACCAAGUGUGAUGUCUACAGUUUUGGGGUGAUUCUAAUGGAACUGAUAACUGGGAAGAAGCCAGUGGAGGCAGAGUUUGGAGAGAACAGGAACAUUGUAUAUUGGGUUUCAAACAAGGUAGACAGCAAGGAAGGGAUUAAUGAAAUAAUAGACGAGAGAUUAUCAGGGUUAUUCAGGGAGGAAAUUAUACAAGUGAUCCGAAUUGCCAUUAAGUGCACCUACAAAUCUCCUGCUAAUCGACCAACCAUGAAGGAAGUGGUUCAACGACUCAUUGAAGCAGAUCCAUGCAGAUUCCAUUCUGCCAAGUUGUCAGACAGGACCGACACCAAAUAAAUAUCCCAUAUUGUUGCCAUAAUAAACUUAUGAUUAAGUGAUGGGCUUAGAAGGGUAAAGGGGGGGCGAUUUGACCGGCUGUUGCCAGAUCAGAAGUCUCAGACUCCCCCGCUGUGUAAUUGAGGGACCCAUUGUAGAGGGCAACUUGUUAUUAUCUUUCCUAUAUAUGCAAAAGUAGUCUGUAGAUUCUGUGACUCUGACUCUGACUCUUUGUCGUUAUUGCUGCUUCCCUUUCUGACGUAUAUUUAAUCUUGUAAAGAAAAUUCUGAGUACUAAUGCUAUGGAACUUUAUUUAUACUAA